AUGCGUAUUUACAUUAUAUAUCUAGCAGUACUCGUCGUAUAUGCGCUUCUUAUUGAUGCCAGAGUUGAUCAUGUCAGACGAGCUGAAGAGACAGGUAGCGCACAACCAUCUGCAGCUGCUCCACAGCCAUCAGAGAAUAACAAUAACAAUAACCAACCACAACCACAACCAGCCAGCACUGCUACAGCAGUAGUAACAGCACAAACCAACUCGGCCGGACCACCUGAUGGAGGCAGUAUGCCUCAGCAACAGGCUGGUGGACCCGUGAAUACAGCGCUAUCGCCACCCAACAGCAACGGCACGCAUGCGAAUGCAACGCAAUCAGUUCCACCCAAUAACGCUAAUCCAUUUGCUGGCAAACCCACUUAUGCAUCCUUUUCAAAUGAUAUCCCACCUGCUUAUUUAACAUGGAAGAAGCCAAUUCCCAACCAGACAUUCCCUCCACUCUACAAAAUCGGCGUUUCCAACAUGUCAUUCGAGUGGACAGUCGAUCCAAAUGUGCUCAAAGUGCAGCCUGCUAAUCUCACUGUAGCCUUGGCCAAUCCUCAAAAACAAACAUUUACAGCAGCUAUUGUAGCAGGUACAGCUACCUCAGCAAACUGGGAUUUGGCUCAUCUUCAACCCGGAUCACCAUUGAUGGUUGGAUAUUACACUGUAUGGGUUUACGAUCAAAGAGGGCCCAAGGCUUUUCCUAGUCCGGGCUGGCUAAUGCCUGAUUCAAGGUUGGUGGUUGCCAUGUAUUCAACAGAAGCUUAUGUAGGAAGAACAGAUUCCAUGUUUUGUCCUACUUGUUAUUUAGGAGGAGGAGGAUCAUUCCGUGAGUCAUUUUUACCAUUAAUUACAGCAUUUGGAGUAGCUACAUUAACCUCGAUUGUCAUGCUGGUUGGAAUCCUAAAAUAA